CGCAGGGCGGAACUUCGGAUCAAAAAUGCAUCACUGCUGAUUCUCUGUAAACAGAUCAUAUUGUCUUGACAAGGAAGUGGUAAGGCUUCAAAGUUUCAUGAUGAAAAGACAUAUAACCAGACAGAAAUUAGGUACUGCGGAGGAUGAAGCUCCCGACUCUUGCACUCCCCAUACGAUUGGCAACAUCAGCCCACCAACAUCUUCCAUUGAGAGAAGAAAAAGGCAGUCUCCCAAAGCUUCUCCUGGAACUAUAGGAGAUGAUUUAAUCAUUUCCUCCGAGCUGGACCGCUUAAUCAGGCAGAGAGGCAGAGACUUACGUUUGCGUAAGAAUGACCAACAGAAUGCUGUGAAGCUAGUUAAUAAUUUGAUCAAUGGCCUACUGGAAUUCUUCAAGAACAAUGAGGAUCAGCCAUUCUUCAGGGAGGUUUCUGUUCUCACCAGUGGAAGCUACUAUGAGUUGGUGAAGAUCAACAAACCCAAUGAGUUUGACAUUAUGCUGAAACUGAAAGUACCAAGGCUUAUAUGGUCAGAACUGGAAGAUUAUAAUGGACUAUUUUAUAAGGUGAUGCUUCCCAGAGCCACACGCUCAGAUAUCCAGUUCUUUCUUUUGGAAGAUGAGCGAACCAUCUCAGCCACCAAAGUCAAAGGAGAAUUGUACCGCUUGGUCCGUAAAUUUAUUAGUAACUAUAAAGGUGAGGGUUGCUGGUUAAUUCAAAGACAACGGGUAACUUCACCUGCAGUGACCCUUGAAUUAAAGACCGGAGAUGAAGAAGAGGAUGUGUUGUCUGUAGACCUUGUGCCUGCUCUUGAGGUGCCACAAGGAUGGCCACAAGCUGCACGGGCAGGUCCAGAUGUAGACCAAUGGCUUGGGAAGCGAUGUCGCCGCAACUUUAUCAGUAAGGCUGUUUAUUUUGUCCCAAAGAGACCACAUGGAAGAAACCUCAAAGAUGAGGCCAAAGAGAGCUGGCGGAUAUCCUUCUCUCACAUUGAAAAAGAGAUGAUCCAAUAUCAUGGCAAUAAGAGGACAUGCUGUGAGGGAGCUCCCAAUAAGUGUUGCCGGAAACUCAGUUUGCGUCUUCUCAAGUUGUUGAUUGAGGGACUAAAGCAACAUUAUCCCAAAGAACUUGAGCCUCUGUGUUCCUACCAUGGGAAAACAGCCUUCUUCCACAACCUCUCUGUCAGAGUGCAGGACUCCCUUUGGUCUCCAGGCCAGCUGUCUGUCUGCUUCAUGAAGCUAUUUGGACACUUUGAGCGAUGUGCACAAAAUGGCUCACUACUCCACUUCUUUGUCCGUGAUCAUAAUCUUUUCGCUCCACCUGCCUUUCCCAAACGAACUCUUGUAUUUCUGACCAAUGCUCUGAAGGAGCAAAGAGAAUCAGGGUUCCCUGUUUUGAAGGUGCCAAGCCCAACCUCUGCUCUUGUUCCUGACAUUGACCCUCUGAUCCCCCCAAAUCCAAUCGAUGGUACAGAAGAAGUCGUAGCCUCUAAAAGCUCUAUUAGAUAUGUCUAUGCAUGCUUGGUAUGUGUUAUUGUGUUUGUGGGAAUCGGAUGUGUAUUUCAACAAUGAAUUAAUUUCAAAGAUCCAAAUAUGGAUAAGUAAAUUUGUCAUCAUUGCAUUUGUUUUCACAUAAUAAUUUUAUUAUGAAUUCAAAAGACAACUCCAUUUUGCCAUAGAAAAAUAGUACAUUAAUUGUGAAGUAUUUAACUUUUGGUUGAUAUUGAUUAAUGUUUUUGUCAAAAAAGUGUUUGUACACCCAUUUGGAUGAAUCGUUGUGGACUGUGGGAACAAACAAUAUAUUAUCUUUUAAGAUGAUUUACUUAAAUGUAAUGGGUAUGUCAAUAAUUAUCUUCUAAAAUAUGUUAUGUAUAUACUGUGCGUCCUUUACAAAUGAAAAAUAAUCUAUCCCUAUAAA